AUGCUCCCGUUAUUUUUGGUUUCCGCUUUAUUAGCAACCCAAGCUCUAGCUGAUGGAAACGUCUGUGCCAACAACGCCUGCAGAAUGACUCCAGCACAAAAAUCCUUGACCAUGCAAUUAUCCGCUUUCUUUGAUUUUGGAGUAACCACGAUGCCAUACUGCCAAUGCUCGAACCUCCUGGACGGUAACGGAUUCACGUGUGGAUUUGCUGGAUUCAACAGUGCGUCUGGCUCUAUCUUGAACGUAAUCAACUAUUACUCCAUCGCAUACCCAGACAAUGCCUUCCUAUCCGACAUAUCCGGUCUCGGAACAGUUUCCAUCUCAGGCUCAUCCAGCAUCGAUUUCUUCUCCGACCUCCCCACAAACUGGAACGCUACAUGCAAAGACCCAGUCUUCAUCUCUGCCCAAAUCUCUGCCAACGACGAUCAAGUCUACAACCCAUCCCAAACAGCUGCCGAUAUGCUGGGACUCGUAAACGCUGUAUCUAGAGCAGCACUCUAUGACACAUUCAUGGAACAAGGAAGCAAUAACACCAACCCGGAUUCCGCUUGGGCUACUAUUGCUGCCACUACUAAAUCGGUUGGUGGUGUACCUGCUGGAGUUGCUGGCACCAGUCAACAUGUUGAUGAGAAUACGUGGUUGCACGCGUUUUUGCAGACUAGAAGAACUGCCUUGUUGAAUCCUUCGAAUGUAAAUGUUGCUGCAGAAUGGGCUUCAUCUGUUGGAAGAGUAGAUGCCUUCAUGUACAUCCUGCAAUCAGGAAAUGUAAACUUUACUGGAAACAGUGUAUCUACCCUAAACAUCUAUGGAAUCCCUACCGUUAUCUCGGUCUAA